GAGCAGGCGCACCAGGUCUCCCCGUCCCAGAUCGCGAAGCAGCCCCAAUAUCCCCGUGAUGCCCAACCCUCGCGUGUUCUUGGAUGUGACCCUGAACGACGCACCGGCAGGCCGCAUCGAGAUGGAGCUGUACGCGAAAGAGGUCCCCAAGACGGCGGAGAACUUCCGUGCGCUGUGCACCGGCGAGAAGGGGGUCAGCAAGAGCGGGAAGCCGCUCCACUACAAGGGGUCCACCUUCCACCGCGUGAUCCCCGGGCACAUCUGCCAGGGCGGCGACUUCACCCGCGGCAAUGGAACCGGCGGCGAGUCCAUCUACGGCGACAAGUUCCCCGACGAGAAUUUCUGUCAAAAGCACCAGCACGAGGAGGCUGCGGUGUCCAUGGUCAACGCCGGGCCCAACACCAACGGAUCCCAGUUCUUCAUCUGCUGCAAGGACGCCCACUGGCUCGACGGCAAGCACGUCGUCUUCGGGAGGGUCGUCGAUGGCAUGGAAGUCGUGAAGACCAUCGAGAGUGUGGGGUGCAGCAGUGGCGCCACCUCCAAGGUGGUCAAGAUCGCCGACUGCGGCCAGGUCUCCUAGAUCUAUAGUCUGCCCGCCCGCCGUCGGUCGCCGUUGUUGUCGAGUCAGCGUGCGUUGCUCAUCUUUCCACUCAAAUAAUAAUAACGCAUUGAUCUGAGGUGCGGAUAUGUGAAUCCGAUGAUGUCUCUACCUAA